CCCCUCGACCUGACCUGCUGCUCGGAAGGACACAGCAGCGAGGCAUAGUGUUUAGAAGUCAGCUUUAAAUACAUUCAGAUGAAUUUGUGUUCCACUCCACAAGGGACCAUGACUGAUGAAAUCUCUCCUCGACUGUCUGGCAUCGCAGUUGUUGAAAAAAGGAGUAACCGGGAGCACCAAGAAAAGCACUGUGUCACCCCUUCUCUCCCAGAGGGACAGUUAGUUAACACUCACCUUGUGAAGACCGACUCUUCAUUUGGUGGCAUUUGGGCUAUGAACUCACUCUCAGAGAGCAGUGACACUGGAAUUCUUUAUCUGAACCCUCAAACACCAAAGUGGUCCUUGGUGGAGAAGUUUGCAGAGCUAUCACAGGGAAAGGAAUCAAUUAAAUAUGCUCCAGACCACCGAAAUCGAGGAUUGUUACAAUGCACUAAACAAAUGGAGAAAAAUGUGAUUUAUGGAUCUAAUGAAACGCUCCUGGAUCCUGUCCAAAUGAAGGAAAGCUCUAAAUACCUCACGAGCCAUAGGAUUGCAGCAGAGGAAGAAAAGACAUCUAAACUCAAAGAGCUAAAUGUUGUUGGAAAUAAGAUUAACAAGAAGAAUGCAAAUAAGAAAUUACUUAAAAAGUGUGAAGACAAGAUCCCUCGACUUUUGGCAGCGAUGAAGAAACGCAGUGAGGUUGACAAAGAGCACCGUCCCUUCAAGUGCCCACACUGCAGCUGGGCUUUUAAAAAGCUCUGCAACCUACAGAGUCACCUGCAAACACACAGUGGCCUCAAGCCACACGUGUGCGAAAUAUGUGGCAAGGCUUACUCCCACCAGGGCACUCUGCAGCAGCACAAGCGCCUGCACACGGGUGAAAGACCAUACCACUGCCCCUUCUGUGUCAAGACCUACAUCUGGUCCUCAGAUUACCGCAAGCAUAUCCGCACACACACGGGUGAAAAGCCCUACGUCUGUGACACUUGUGGCAAGGAUUUCAUCCGAUCCUCUGACCUGAGAAAGCACGAGCGGAACAUGCAUACCAAUGACAAGCCUUUCCCAUGCACGCACUGUGGCAAGACUUUCAAUAAACCCCUCUCCCUGAAGCGCCAUGAACGCAAGCACCUGGGAGAAAGGCCGUUCUCCUGCCCCGACUGUGGGAAAGCCUUCGCUCUGGCCAGUCGUAUGGCAGAGCACCAGAAGAUCCAUGCCGGAGUUCGUCCUUAUGUCUGCUCGGUGUGCUCCAAGUGCUUCACUAAGUCGUCCAACCUCACAGAGCACGAGGCCAUUCACAGCGGAGCGCGGCCCCACAAGUGCCCAGAGUGUGGCGUGGCGUUCGCCAUGGCUUCUCGCCUCGUUCGUCACCAGUACGUGCAUAGUAAAGAGAAACCCCACAACUGCACAGGCUGUAGCAAGAACUUUAGCCACCUAGACUCACUGAAGCUUCAUCAGGAGCAGACCUGUGCCGGCAGGAUCUAUGUCUGUGUGGAUUGCGACAGAUCUUUCCAGUGUGCUGCAAAGCUCUCACAGCAUAUGCUGAAUCACAGGGAAAAGAGUGUCUGAAUGAGUUUAAAAACGGGUUCUGUACACAUCCACCACUGUGCCAGUACCAUUGACUGCCGCAGAGCACCCGUUUUUUAGGUCAGGGUGCUAGUUUGGAUUGUUUGAAGUGGUGUUGAAUGAGGUACUAGUCAGUGUUUUACAUAAAAUAGAUGACGGUUGGCACUCGGUAGUUCCAGCACAGGAGCUAAGCAAUGUAUUGGACCGUGGUGGGGGGCCUUAAGAGAUUUUACUUACACGCCCUCUUUCCCCACGGUGCUUGGUUCCCAUGAGAUAGAAUUUGUCCUGAACAUUGACACUGGAGCUGAUGGCCUAAUGGAGUGAUGUGAACAUAAUUACUAGAGUACCAUACUUUUAAAGUGAGAAUUAAAUGUAAGGCUAAUAGUUAAAAAUGUGCACUACACCGCAAUUAUGCGUAUAUGAAGUGAAGGCGGUAUAUUUAUUUAUCAUGAUGAAUGGCUACCAGUGCUGUAGUAGGAUGCCUUGGAAAAUCCAUUAGAGUAAAGAUGGUUCUGACAAUUGCAUUUCUAAAAAUCCAACAGAGAUUCAUUCACAAGAUCUACAUACCCAUUUCAAGUAUCGUUGACAUUAGCCAGAGUAGAUGAUAGCUUUGACCACCAGUAUUGAUGAUGGGAGAUUGUACAUGAUGUUGUCCUGACAGAUGGAGGGACAGCUUGAUGUCCUCUCGCCAUUGUAGAUAAAUAACAGCUACAUCAACACUUAUUCUCAGAUGCAGGAUGUUUCAUUGUCUGGUGAGUUCUGGAUGCUGACAUUUUGCUUGACGCACAAGCAGCAAUAUCUGCAUAAAGAUCUCUAGCAUGGAUAUAGGCCAGUCGUAACUCCUGAGACACAUUACUGACCACAUAAAUAGACCAGGCUGCUAUGUAAAUGAUCUGGUCCUCAUGUUCCUUUUUUGUCUUUGGCAGUAUCUCAAUGCAGGGUAAUUGUUAAAUUGUUUAUGUAUGAGUUUCAGUAGACAGGUGAUGCCAGGUGUAAAUCUUUGGCUCUUUUUAAUCACAUUUCCAGGCACAACAGGCAUGCUUUGUUUGUAGGAGGGCUUUGAAAAUAAAGAUAUCCAUUAUAAAUGUGUUUAUACUCUGACACAUUAUUGGCAGGUGGUAAGAAUGGCCUCACAUCCUGGCUCUCUGUGUGCCCUGGAUUCCAGGCCUCUGUGGCCCACUUACACUUUGCUCCCAAUGACUGAUAGUAAAAUGAGACGGCACCUGCUGUGUUGUCACUUAUUCUGCAUUAAGUUUGAGGACACGUUUGGAAACAGGUCUGGCGUGAUGUUUUUAUGGCAGAAUUGCACUGAUAAACGGGUAAAUAAUCCAUUGCCUGUACAAACAAAAGCAUACUGUAUUCUGUUAUACAUAAAACAGAGCCAAAGGAAUCGAAGUAAAACAAAUCAGUUACAUCCAGAUAUGUAUACAUGGUGAUAGUCAUAAAAAGUUUGUUCUAAAAUAUUCCAAAUCAUAUAUUACUGUGUGUUUUAUAUACAUUUUAAGCUUUGUCUUCACACAAACAUUAAAAAACAGGGCUAAAAAUGAAGCUCGUUCUCAGAGGAAAUAUCAGCUUGUAAACAGUUCAAUCCUAUAAUUGUCUCCUGGCUGGUUGUGAUGGGGGAGUGGGGCAUGUUGGGUGUUUGCCUGGCAGAGGUCUCCCCCAGCCCCCCCACCCCCCCUCCUCCUAACAACAUGUGGUAUCAUCCAUCUUGGCACCAUGACAAGUCUAUUUCUGUUGUGUACUGUAUAUGCCACAUAUAAUUCGAGCUAUUCUGCUUUACAGAUCCUUAACACAAUCAAAUAAUGUUCAUACAUACAUGUGCAUUAAAUUAGGCAGCAUGGCAAUUCUGUUUAAUCACCGUGGAAGAUUAAACAUUGCUUUUGUGAGGAUAAUGAAUGACCACUGCAUAGUUUUUGUUUUUGAGUUACCAUCUGAGCUAAUGAGCUAAUCUGCAUUAAUGCAUUUUUAGUCAUUGGGUAAUUUUAUUUAAGGUUAUAGAAAAUCGAUCGUCAAAAUAGAGUGGUGGAAUAUACAUUGCCUAAAAUGCUUCACUUAAGUACUAAUUUGAGGUAUUUCCAUUUUAUGCAACUUUAUAUUUAGAGUAAGAUAUUGUGUCUUUUACAAUUGUCUGACAGCUUUAGUUCAGGUUUCAUUCAACAACGUCUCUACAUUUUGGGUGAAUGUUCAUGAAAUACAUAGUGUUCCUCAAUAUUUAACUCUCCUUAUAAACUAUUUAUUAAUCAUCUUGAAUCAGCUGGAAAAUGCAUCGUCACAAAUCUGAAUAUAGGGGUGUUCUCACAGGACAGCAAUAAAGCUACAAAAUAAUAUGGUGAUCUCAUAGAAUAUGCUGUGAAUUAUUCUAGCCAAAAGUAUAUUAAGGAGUUGAAAUUCGCACAACAUUUUACUCUGUACUUCUAUUGCAUUGUGCUUGUAAUACUUUUAGUUAAGUAUGUUUUAAAUGCAGGACUUUUACUUAUAGUGUGAAAUACUUUUCUAGUACUCCCUAUAGAACUGUAAAGAUGAUGGACAGAUGGAUUUAUACUUCCCAAUAUAACUUAAAUGUAGUUACUUCUUAUGUUGAGUAAUGAGAGUCAUUGGAUGUGCAGAUACGGAGGAGACGGUCACUGCGUGAUGCUGGCAUCGAUUGUCCUGGUCAUAUUACGUAUAAUACAUAAAUGGUUAUUGGGUCAAUUAAGAUAUCCCUUCCCUGAAAUAGGUCCCGGUCCGCCGGAGUUUUCCCUUCUGUCAGCUUUUACACCUCUCUAAUGUUUUUCCUCACUGUAAUAUGAGUUAUUACGACAUUUCCUCAGGAGAAUUCCUGUGUCCUACACAACAAGAUGGUGAGCAGGCUGUGGGGGUUUAACAGGCACGCCUAAAAAGAAAAUGUGGACGGGGGGAACAUGACCGAUUUUUUUUGUUGGCGUUUACCUAAAUUCAGUUGAAACUCUCAUUAAUAACAUGAAGGCACUGUUAGUGGUAGCACACUUUGGUUCUCAUGAAGUCAGUGGUCCUACAAACACAAAAGAACAA